AUGAGCACCGAGCGCUUCCUCGUCGACGACGAAGACGACAUCGUACUCGCCCGCCUCAUGGCCGUGGCGCCGAUGACGGUAGAUGGAUGGCCCUCGGCCUACGCGUCGACCUACCCCAUGGCCCUCAAGGGCAUCGUUCCAUCGGCCGAGUUCAAUACGUGCAUCGAGGCUAUCAACCAAGCCGUGAGCGACUACUACCCGUGCAUUCCAUGCUACAGCUGCGGGUACCUCUGCUGCCUCUCGACGCUAGGGCUCUCGCUGCUCGUGCGGCAGCCCUGCACGACCGAGCUUGAACAAGCGGUCGAGAUGGUGCUCAAGCGCGUCAACAAGCGCGAGACGUUCCUUUUUCGCGGCCUCGUCUGGAAGCUCAAGCGACCCCGCCACACGUACACGUCCUGGAUCGAGAUCUGCCAAGUGGCGUGUUGA